ACAGUCGCCUGCGCGCCUUCGCUGGACCCGCGGCUCCCCAGUUGCGCCCUGGCCGGGCCUUGCCCUUUCUGCCCGUCUGCGCGCUUCGGAACCCGUUCAGUUCCUGGGUACAUCCCAGCGCUGCCACAAAUCGGGAGCCUAGGCCGGGGCGCCAGUGCCCGAUUCCACUCCGGUUCACUGCGCCCUCCUGACGCGCCCGGGAGGACUUCGCAGCCCUGCUCCGGAUCGUCCCCCCAGGCUUAACCCGGCAGCUCCGCUCGGAUUCCUCCGCUGCCCUAGCUGGGGUGGCGACUUCCUCCCUUUGCCCCCUCCCCCUCGCCAUGAAGAAGUCGAUUGGAAUAUUAAGCCCAGGAGUUGCUUUGGGGACGGCUGGAAGUGCAAUGUCUUCCAAGUUCUUCCUAAUGGCUUUGGCCAUAUUUUUCUCCUUCGCCCAGGUUGUAAUAGAAGCCAAUUCUUGGUGGUCGCUAGGUAUGAAUAACCCUGUUCAGAUGUCAGAAGUAUAUAUCAUAGGAGCACAGCCUCUCUGCAGCCAACUGGCAGGACUCUCUCAAGGACAGAAGAAACUGUGCCACUUGUAUCAAGACCACAUGCAGUACAUUGGAGAAGGCGCGAAGACAGGCAUCAAGGAAUGCCAGUAUCAAUUCCGACAUCGAAGGUGGAACUGCAGUACUGUGGAUAACACCUCUGUUUUUGGCAGGGUGAUGCAGAUAGGCAGCCGCGAGACGGCCUUCACCUACGCGGUGAGCGCCGCGGGGGUGGUGAACGCCAUGAGCCGCGCGUGCCGCGAGGGCGAGCUGUCCACCUGUGGCUGCAGCCGCGCCGCGCGCCCCAAGGACCUGCCGCGGGACUGGCUCUGGGGCGGCUGCGGAGACAACAUCGACUACGGUUACCGCUUCGCCAAGGAGUUCGUGGACGCGCGCGAGCGGGAGCGCAUCCACGCCAAAGGCUCCUAUGAGAGCGCGCGCAUCCUUAUGAAUCUGCACAACAACGAGGCGGGCCGCAGGACGGUGUACAACUUGGCUGACGUGGCCUGCAAGUGCCACGGGGUGUCUGGCUCCUGCAGCCUCAAGACCUGCUGGCUCCAGCUGGCAGACUUCCGCAAGGUGGGCGACGCCCUCAAGGAGAAGUAUGACAGCGCCGCCGCCAUGCGGCUCAACAGCCGGGGCAAGCUGGUGCAGGUCAACAGCCGCUUCAACUCGCCCACCACGCAGGACCUGGUCUACAUCGACCCCAGCCCCGACUACUGCGUGCGCAAUGAGAGCACCGGCUCUCUGGGCACGCAGGGCCGCCUGUGCAACAAGACGUCGGAGGGCAUGGAUGGCUGCGAGCUCAUGUGCUGCGGCCGCGGCUACGACCAGUUCAAGACCGUGCAGACCGAGCGUUGCCACUGCAAGUUCCACUGGUGCUGCUACGUCAAGUGCAAGAAGUGCACAGAGAUCGUGGACCAGUUCGUGUGCAAAUAGUGGGCGCCCCUCGGCACCCAGCCCCACUCCCAGGACCCACUUAUUUAUAGAAAGUACAGUGAUUCUCCUUUUCCUUUUUAAAAAAAUGUUUUAUUUUACACCCCCACAUUGCAACCGGAACCAUUUUUUUCUAUUAUCAUGUAAGAACUCUGUGGUUUAUUAUUAAUAUUAUAAUUAUUAUCUGGCAAUAAUGGAGGGUGGGAACCAAGAAAAAUAUUUAUUUUGUGGAUCUUUGAAAAGAUAAUACAAGCUUUCCUUUGUUAGUGUAGGAUGAGGGGGAAGUAACACACCCUGACUUAGCUGUGUGGACACAGUACAAAGCCAGAAGGUAAAGAAAUGCAUUUUCUUUCCUUUAAAUAUGGGGUCAGAUGGGAGGGAGGAUCCCAUGUGGUACAGAUCUAUGCACCAUUCAGUGUCUGUGCCCAAAAGGAACUGUAACUACUCUGUUGCAAGAUAAAGAGGUCUUGAGAAAAACAGCUGAAAAGCAAAAACCAACAACGACGACAAAAAAAACAAGACCUUUCCCAGGUACUGCCAGCCUGCUUUUUACAUUUUCAAAAUGAUAAUUUAAAGAGUAAGGGCAAGAAUCUCAUAUUCUCAAAGAAAAAAGGUACGUUUUGUGUCUCAUUCUUCUCAAAUAUUCCUUCUGCAGAUGGUCCUAUUCCAGUAGCAAGUUGGAGAACAGGGAGCGAAGUCCCCAGAAAUUAAAACAGUUUUAAACUCCUACUUGAUGGUGAUUUGAAGCUGUUUGGAAAUAAGGAUUUCAGGUUGGAAAAGGAUCCCUAGAUGAUUCUGGACACUAGACUUUUUAUGUGGGAAGGGAGAGUUGGCUUGAAUAUAAAGGAAAAUAUCCUGUGAUUUUCUUAGGGAUACUUGGUUAAUAAAUGAUAAUAAUGAAAAUAAUAAUGAAUUCCAUUCACAGAUUUUCAUCCCAAAUGACAAGAUAAUUGCACGCAGUUCAGAACUGCACCAGAGCAGAAAACCUCUUUGAGGAGAAACAGGGAAAUCCACCUUCCUCCUUGACCCACAGCCCUCUGAUUCCUCUGUUCUGUGAUGGGAAGCUGGCCGUGUUUCCAAACGGCAGCUCCGCUGGGUCCCCUUUGGUUGCAGGACAGGAAAUGAAACAUUAGGAGCACUGCUUGGAAAACAGUUUGCUACUUAGGGAUUUUCUUUUUCUAAAACUUUUAUUUUGAGGAGCCGUCGAUUUAUGUUUUAAUGACAUUACUUGGCUAAUGGAGUUCACAGAGGUGUUACAGUGUCUCACUGUUAUGAUCCUGUGUUUAGACUCUCCACUCAAGCUUUUCCUACUAUUCUGCAGGUGCACCCUGAAACUGUUCCUCGUGUACUUGAACAGUUGCCUAUAUAAGGGGGGAAAUGUGGUUUAAUGGUGCCUGAUAUCUCAAAGUCUUUUGUACAUAACAUAUAUAUACAUAUAUAUAAGUAUAAAUAUAUCCCAGUGCAGCCAGUGAUUUAGAUUUACAGUUUACGCUGGGGUUAUUUCUCUGUCUAGAGCAUUGUCAUCCUUCACUGCAAUACAACUGGGAGUUUUCCAAGAGUAUUUUUGAGUCUUGAGCUUGGGAUGUGGCUUUGCUGUGAUCACACCUUGAGCCACGAUGAAGCCAGCUUGUUUCUGAGGAAGCUUGAUGUUCUGACUCACUGAAAUGCCUGUAGGUUUGAAGAUUUCUUUGUCUUUUCUGCCGUAUCCCCCUUUCUUCAACCUCCAUUUCUGUACACUUUGUGGAGAGGGCAUUACUUGUUCAUCACAGACGUGGACAUGGAGAGAGAUUUGAAACUCAGAAGCCUCAGCAAGGUUUCUCUUUUCUUAAUUCAUUCUGCAGAGUGGAAACUGGUGCCUAUUAGAUUUAGUAGUACUUAUUUGAGUCCCUAAGGAAAAUCCAGCCUACUAUAUAUACUCAUAGAUAGCUAGUUUAAAAAAAAAAAAUUUUAAACAAGAACACCUCUUUUCAAAAAGGGCCAUCAAACGUGUUCUUAUCUCAGACUUACAUGGUUUUAAAAGUUCGGAAAGAUACAUAUCUCUCAUCCCCUUCAUAGGCGUGGUGGCCUUCCCACAACCUCUGCCAGCUGUGGCUAUUAAUUUAUUGCACAAGGAUAUUCACUUCCCUUCAGUUGCAGUGAAUUGUAAGCAAAAGAUCUUGAAAGUAAAAAGCACUAAUGAGUUUAAAAUGUCACUUUUUUGGUUUUUAUUAUACAAAAACCAUGAAGUACUUUUUUAUUUGCUAAAUCAGAUUUUGUUCCUUUUUAGUGAUUCAUGUUUAUGAAGAGAGUUGAGUUUAACAAUCCUAGCUUUUAAAAGAAACUAUUUAAUGUAAAAUAUUCUACAUGUCAUUCAGAUAUUAUGUAUAUCUUCUAUGGCCUUUAUUCUAUACUUUUAAUGUACAUAUUUCUGUCUUGUGUGAUUUGUAUAUUUCACUGGUUUAAAAAACAAACAUCGAAAGGCUUAUGCCAAAUGGAAGAUAGAAUAUAAAAUAAAAUAUUACUUGUAUAUUGGUAAGUGGUUUCAAUUGUCCUUCAGAUAAUUCAUGUGGAGAUUUUUGGAGAAAUCAUGAGGGAUAGUUUAGGAUGACUACAUGUCAAAAUAACAGAAGAGCAGAGAAUUUUACCAAAACCAAACUAUUUGGAAACUUCAAAAGAUUUUUAUAUGUAAUGGAACAAAAGGGGACUUCUCUUUUCCUAUAUAUGUUCCUCAAAAAAAGAAA